AAAAGGAGAAAAAGAGUCCCCUCCGCAAUGCCAAGGAUGCUUUUGUUGUUCCUUUUGGUGUUUCAUGUGGAGUAGCUAGCCUGAGAUAGGGGUUCAAAGCAGCCUGACAUUAAUAUGCAGGGUUCAAAACAGUCUGAGAGGCAGAAAACGUGGGUUCAACAGAACAAGAGCUGCCUCCCAGAUUGUUCAGGAUGCUAGCUACUUCGACAUGAAACAACAAAAGGAUGAAGACGUACUAAUCUGCUGCUGCUGUAAUUAUCACUGUAAUUACCCUUACACGGACUACGUGGACACGUCUGCCUGCAUCCCUACAGGUGGUUCAACUAUCACUGUCUCCGCCAUCCGCUUAACCUCUCACUCGUGUAGGAAGCAAUCAUCAAUGCUGAACUGGGCGAUGAGUUGUUCUUCUGCUGAUUGGUUCAACGCCUGCAGGUCAAUCCGAGAGAGUGUUAUUUUAAAUAAACAAACCAUCCAUGAAAAAAGGAGGGAGCACCUAAGAAAUAAUUUAGAGGCCAACGACCUGCUGGUGUAGGGGCCCUGUUGGAGAUGCUCUAAGAAAACAAAUGACUAAUCCUUCCAUGCAAAGCCAUAUUAUAUGCUGGCGUAGUGCUACUAGUAGCUGUUGCUUCCUCUGUUAAUGAUGUAACCAAUUCAUUAGCCAUAAAAUAGACACAACCUGCCUCGCCCGUUGACCUCCUAACCACGCUCCUCAGCCUUACUUGGUAGUCCCAUCGACAUCUCUGAUCUCGUUUCUUGGUGUUGUAUCUUUGGCGACUCCAUUCUUCAAUGCGGCUGAACAACAAGUGGUUGUUGAUUUCUAUCAAGACUUGUGAUCGAGCCAGCUUGCAUUUGGUUGCAGAAAUAUUAUUUACCUGCAGAUCGACCGAGCUGCUACAGCUCUUGUUUACCUAGCAUCGCAGCAGGUAAAUCUUUUGAGCUAGUUUGGAUUCUCCAGUUCAAUGGCAUGUUCAACAAUGGUAAAAUAGACACUGCUAACCUACGCGACUCCAUUCUUCAUUGCGGUUGAACAAGAAGUGGCUGUUGAUUUCUGUCAAGGCUUGAGAUCUAACCAGCUUGGUUGCGGAAAUCUUGGGUGCAUUGUUGGUCGGGGAACUUGAUCUGUGGUGCGCCGCUCUCUUCUCCUGCGGUUCGGGCACACUUCUUAUUUACCUCGCAUCGCAGCAGAUAAAUCUUUUGAGCUAGUUUGGUUGUUUUAGAGUACGAUGCUAUGGUUCACCAAUAGUAAGAACUUCAAUUUUCACCUCUCUUAGCGAUAGGCUAGCCGGCUGUGGGCAUCCAGGAGCUGGUGGCCUGUCGAGCGGGUGUGCCCGAACUGAUUCACCUGCUCAUCCUUGGGAAACAGAGUUGACUUUUGAAAGAUGUAAACGCUACCACAUAGAUGGAACAGAUCCAGAUGUUUCAAGUCUGAAUGAAUGUGCAGCACAAACCAAAGAUCGAGCGACUGUGAUGGAGGCCGUGGUGAGCGCCUCCCAGGGAGCCGUGCAGAUCCUGUUGGGGAAGCUUGGCAACGUCCUUGCCACCAAAUAUGCGCUUCUCGGCGGUGUUCGUGGGGAGAUCCAGGAGCUCAAGGAUGAGCUCGAGAGCAUGACCCCGUGUCUCCGCGACCUCGCGGAUGACGAUGAUCACAACGAACAAACCAGGAUUUGGAUGAAACAAGUGAGGGAGGUCGCGUUCGAUGUGGAGGACUGUGUGGACAGGUUCUGGCAUCACCUCAGCGAGAAUCAUGGAGACCGUCAAGGACUCCUGGAAUACCUCCAUAGGAUGUUCAACAUGGUGCGAACAUUGAGGGUGCGGCACAAGAUGGCUACCGAUAUCCAGGGCCUCAAAUCUCGUGCCCAGAAAGUGAGUGAUCGGAGGCUCAGGUACACGUGCACUCAGAAAGUGAGUGACGACCUGGCUGGACGAUCGGGCAAAGCGCUUGAUACUUCGUACAGCCACCUCGACAACCUGGACCGCUGGCUGCCAGCAAUACAUGGUGACGGGUCCGGGCUAGUCGGGAUGGGCAACAUGACUGAUGCCGUGGUUAGCCUGCUGAACGAGCAACGCCAGGCGGCGGGGAGUCCCCGAGUGCUGUCCAUAGUGGGGUUUGGUGGUCUCGGCAAGACCACCCUCGCGGCGACCGUCUACAACACCCCAGAGUUGGGCGGUAUCCAGUGCCGUGCUUUCGUUCCAGUGUCCCAGACAUACGACACCCGUUCUCUUCUUGAGUCCAUGUUGAAGCAGCUUUCGGCUAAAGCUGACAAUGAUGAACAUGAAGAUCUCCUCAGGAACAUUAGACGCUGGGACAUAAGCAAACUAGUUGACAAUAUCAAACAACGUUUGAAGCAGAAGAGGUACGUAGUUAACCACUUUUAUUACUAUUAUUUUUUAAGUAGUGUCUUCUUAUGGCAUAUAUUCCCUCUGUUUCAAAAAAUAUAAAGAUGUUAUAGUUUUGUCUUCCAGUGAAACUCCUUUCAAUCUGACCAAGUUUAAAGUGGGGAGAUUUAUAGUUUUUCACCUACCCACAGUGCCA